CGGACGGUGGUUGUUGCCCUCGAGCUCGAGCGGUGCAGCCAGUUUCGAGCGUGCGUGCCAUUUUUUUGCGCUUUGUGCCGGAUUGUGCAUGGUUUUUAUUAUUAAAUCAUACCCUUCCAUUGGGUGACGUAGUGUAGCUGACACGAAGGAUCAACGCGAGACAGCCACGGUGUAACGCGAUUUAGUGAAAAUCGGUCCCGAGAGGCGAGUGAAAAUAUUCUCCAGAGGCCCUUGACAGCCUUGAGCCGUCCCGGAGUGACAUCUGCCGGUGACAUCAUCAAAUAUUCACAUCAUUGGCCAAGGAAACCUGAUCCUGGCUGUGUCCGUAGUGCCAUCGUGCUCGGAUGCAUGGUUUAGCGAGCCACAGCAACGUUCAAACGACGGACAAGGACGGAUUAUUCGGAGCCAUUCUGCCAACGGCCACAGACCACCACCGAAAACGGUCACUCUGCCCACACGCCCUGACCAUCGUCCUGCGGUGGAUUACCCGGAUCGAUGGUUGAAAGAUGUAUGAACUGCAAACGCCAUUUCCACGUCAAGCGAGACCAUGAAUCGAGCGUGCGGCUUUCGACCACCGUUCACCGGCAGUGCGGUUGCGGUCGUAGCACUGCUACUGCUCCCUCUGGUGCUGCUGAACGUCAGCGCGUCACGGCCAUCAUCGUCCGACAACGAAAUCCCCAAGCUACAGCAGUGUCCUGCCGGCAGCGAAACUCGCCUCAAGUGUGGCAUCAAGGAGCACCACGCGGAACACAUGAACGCGUCCGAUGUGCGGUGGUUCUUUAAGCCGUGCGGAGGAGGACUUCAGCGAACGGCCUGUGACCGCACGGCGAUGCUGGACGAUCUCCACUGGCGUCCAUUUGAUUGCGACAAUAAACCGUGCCGCGUGACGCUCGCCCUCCAAAACGUGUCCGAGGCGCACGCCGGACUCUACCGUUGCACUAUCUAUCCGUACCGCACGGACAAUCACACGCAGCUGGACAUCCAGCUCGUGCGUACCUUCGAAUUGGUCGUCAUAAAGUCGCUGCUCGAUGAGUCGAUACCGGCGCCGGAACUGUUGGGCAACCUGCCCGCCAAUACGACGGCCAUCGUCGACACACCGAUCGUGCUGCAGUGCCGAGUGCUCAGCAAGGUGCCACCCACCAUCAAGUGGUUCCGGCGGAUCAACAAACGGCUCGGCGAGCACAACUUCAAUCAGAACAAAUCGAUCCGCUAUCUAGAGAACUUCUACGAGCUGCUCCCGUCGGCCGGUGAAAAGCUGCUGGCCAACGACGUUUACCUCAGCAAGCUGAUCCUCUACAAUGCGUCCGAACGCGACAUCGGCAUCUACGUGUGCGUCGGCAUCAAUUACGUUGGCGUCAGUAUGGCCGACGCGUACGUCAAUCUGCUGCACCCGAACGGAGCCCCGGUGGAGCAGUCGGCCGGUGGCUACGUGGGGCUGAUGGUGCUUUUCCUCAUACCGAUUGGCCUGGCCGUGCUGCCCCUGCUUGCCUGGGCAGCGCUCAACGUUCUACGCACGAAGCACAACUCGGAGCACAAAGCACUUGCCAAUGUGUCCGUUUAUGAACCGAACGGCGUGGUGCGGCUGAAACGUUCCACCACGGCCACCGUUUCUGCCGGAAAUGGACAAGAGCAUGUUUAUGAAAAGAUUACCAUAAGGUAGUUGGAUAGCAAGUGCAAUCACGUGCAAAUUUUAACAUGUAAUGUCUCGAUGAUGACCAAGUGCCAGAGUUUUGAAUAGUACUUAACGAAUCUUUGUAAAUGUAUGUAAAUAAACU